AUAAGAGUGAUUCUUAUUUGUGAGUUCUUGAGAUUCUAUACAAGUCAAGGUCUUUCUUUUUCUCUCUCCUCCUCAAAUCCUACGAGCAUCAGUCUCCAGUCGUUCAACAUCCAACCCCAACAACAACAAGAGUAUCCUGGAAAAUUAAGGCAUCAUCAGAAUCUCCCACACAGCCAGAUGAUGAUGAUGAAUAGUCACCACCAAAACAACAACAGCAAUCAUCAUCAGUUUCAGAUUGGGAUUUCCAUGUAUUUGGGUGCAGCUCAAGAGCUACUGACUGAGUUUUGCAGUCUUGGAGUAAAGGAAAGUGAUGAUCAAGUGAUGAUGAUGAAACAUAAGAGGAAGCAGAAAGGCAAACAACAAGAAGAUUGGGAUAGAAGUAACAACAACAAUGAUCAACACGACCAAUCUGCCACAACUUCUUUAAAGAAACAUGUUCCACCACUUCACUCUCUCGAGUUCAUGGAGCUUCAAAAAAGAAAAGCCAAAUUGCUCGCCAUGCUUGAAGAGCUUAAAAGAAAAUAUGGACAUUACCGAGAGAAAAUGAGACUUGCAGUAGCAGGAUUUGAGGCGACGGUUGGGCUAGGAGCGGCGGAGAUGUACACGGCGUUAGCGUCGAGGGCAAUGUCUAGGCAUUUCCGGUGUUUAAAAGACGGACUUGUGGGGCAGAUUCAAGCAACUAGUCAAGCUUUAGGAGAAAGAGACGAGGAUAAUCGUUGGGUCUCAAAUGCGGCACGAGGGGAAACUCCACGGCUGAGAUUGCUCGAUCAAGCUUUAAGGCAACAGAAAUCAUAUAGACAAAUAAGUCUUAUGGAAGCUCAUCCUUGGCGUCCACAACGUGGUUUGCCUGAACGCGCGGUCACGACGUUAAGAGCCUGGCUCUUUGAGCACUUUCUUCACCCAUAUCCAAGCGAUGUUGAUAAGCAUAUCUUGGCCCGACAAAGUGGUUUAUCAAGAAGCCAGGUAUCAAAUUGGUUCAUUAAUGCAAACAGUUAGGCUAUGGAAACCAAUGAUUGAAGAGAUGUAUUGCGAGGAAACAAGAGGAGGAGAAGAACAACAAAUGGAUAUUAUAAACCCGAUGUUCGUCGAUACUAAACCGGACCCGGACCAGAUAAUUCAAGUCGAACCGGAAUCUUUGUCCUCCAUAGUUACAAAGUGAGAAUUUAUGAGAAUUUAUGAGAAUUAAGAAAGAUAAGAGAAAUUAAAUGAAGAACAUAGAAAAUAAUGAGAGACUUUCUUGAAAGAUAAUGAGAAAUGAGGAAUUGAAUUGCUUGAUUGUUUCAUGUAUCAAGAGUACCUAUAUAUAUACAUCAAAUGGGGAGCCAAAAACAAAGAGGCUCCCAUGCACUAAAUGAGGCUCUCUUGCACUAAGGAGAGGCUCCCUUGCAUUAAGGAGAGGCUCACAUACACUAACUAAAUAAAGAAAUGAUAGUGCAUGAUAUGUGGGCAUGAUACUCCACUCACCAA